AUGGCAAUGGCGGUGGUGGCAAUAAAUGAAAAACGACUCAAAAUGAACACAGAAAAAAGUCCCAUUUUAACUCUUGGCUUAUGGCUUUAUGCUUCAGUGAAGCAACAAAAUAAACACAUACGUGACCACUCACCAAAUACCACUGCUCUUUGUACAAGCUUUUCGAGAGAUACCUUAGUGAACUACGACAAUGAUGAAGACACGAGAGAACUUUUCACAACCAUUCUAAAUCUCAUGAAAAUUACCUGGGAUUUACCAGGAUUACUGUGA